UCUUUGGUUGAUCAUUAUGAGAUGAGGGAUAUGCCUACUACUGCUAAGUUAAAUAAAGGUUCUGUACAACUACAACGUGAAGUAGAAUUGAACGCAGAUGCAGUUCCAGAAGGUGUGCAUACUUGUGAGACAGUCAGUGUAAUUGAUCAGCGUGUAGCCCACCUAUCAUCAGAUGAUAGUGCUAAACCCGAACUAGUAGUGAAAGACAGCAGUGGUGGUAAUCUUGCAGUUAGACAACUAUCUGAAAGCCGAAAAAGAACAGCUUCUGAUCCACCGCUAAGUUCAUCACCUUGUGUCACUCAGUCGUCGUUGGUGUUUUCAUCCACAAUGAAACAGACACCC